ACCUCCCUUCUCGCCAUUUGCGCAGGUAGCAAGUGCACCACCCUCACCACCAUCCUCACCACCAUCGCCACCCGUCCCCGGUCGGUCUCGGUACGAAUGCGAUCUUCAUAGCUACUGUUCUGUCUCUUUUACGCCCACCUACUUGUCCGUCCCUCCCGACGAGCUGGAAAGGGCCUCCCCUUCCAAACGUCGCUCGGCUUCAGGGUUCCGGUCCGCCAUGCCAGUACAAACCAGUCCCCCGUCCCUGUCGGACUCCUUCCCGUCAUUUAUGUCGGUCUUUGGUGCUGGGCGAGCCUUGACCUACGCCGAUUCCGAGGGGGACCGUCACCAUCAUCUUCAGCGGCAGGGCCCUGCCAAAUCGUCGAGGCGCUUCCGUCGUUUUGUCCAUCGCGAGAGUGUCUCCUCCAUCACCUCCGAGUCUACUGAGUCCUCGCCUACUACCACCGUCUCCACCUUUGAUUCCCCUCUGCUCGCCGACAUUACUCCUGGCUCCUCUCCCGAAUCCCCUUCCGCCAUGCCCCCUUCGUAUCCCAAGUUCGUGCCACCGUCGGCGUCGGUCGAUUCCGUGAGACGGUCGUCGGCCGACGCGUCAUUGGCACUCCCGUCUACCACCACCUCGAAACGGGCCGACUCCCCUGGCCGGCGCGCGCGCAACCUCAAGAAUCUGUCGCUACGCAUGCCCGCUCCAUCGCCGUCGCGGCCCGCCAUUGCCACCGCCUCGAUCGUCGAAACAGGCAGCUUGCAUCAUCAUAUGUCCGCUCCCCCUUCGCCUACCCUCCUACAGACGGCCAAGCCCGCCCGUCGGCGGCCCGCCAACCUAACCAUUCGCACCCCGGGCCUGGACCGCCCGUUCUCCAGCAAUAUCCUCGAGGUGGUGCCGCCCACCCCCGGCGAUAGUCACCAGUUCCUACGUCAUACCGAAUCCUCACCGUCCCUGGUCUCUGUCUUCUCCCCUUCCUUUGCUCCUCGGGGCGGUAUGCAGCUACCUCGACCCAUGACGCACCAUGGCGCGCGUCGCCCAUCGGCAACCUCUGUGGAUAGCUUUUCCACGUUACCUUCGGUCUCCGACGAGAAUUCUAUAGCCGGUAGCGUUGUAGGUGGUGCUAAUGCUAGUGUUGGUGCUGGUGCCGGUGCCGGUGCCGCCGGCGGCGGCGGCGAGAUUCUUCACGAGCUUGAUGAAGAAGACGAUCAUCUGGAUUCGCGCGAGUCCAGUCGGAAAAAUGAACGUGGCUAUCCUGACGGGCCGAUCCUCAUCUACGACGAAGGGUUGUAUCUGUACCUGGAGCCCACUCGGGCAGAGGCCGCCGCGUUUGACGUUGUGAUCAAUGUGGCCAAGGAAGUGGUCAACCCGUUUGGUGGCCAGAAGAAGAGUGAUACGGUGGUCAGCACUUGGCGGAGUGUCUCGUCUCCUGCACUGUCGGAACCUCCCACAGCGCAGUCGCAGACGUCGUUCCAGUCCGCCAUGGAGUACCUGGACCCGAAGAGUCCAGUAGUUACCAAUGACCACUCGUCGCCGACAACGCCCGAGUACUUCCAUGUGGGAUGGGACCACAAUUCCGAAAUCCUCGAGGAUCUGCAUUCGUUGUGUGAACUCAUUGAUUCCCGGCUCGCGCAGAGAAAGAAGGUUCUGAUACAUUGUCAACUUGGUGCCAGCCGCUCCGCCUCCCUGGUCAUCGCCUACGGUCUGUACAAGAACCGCCACCUGGACUUCAAUGCCAUGUACGGGAUCGUCAAGGCCCGCAGUCGCUGGGUGGGACCAAACAUGAGUCUUAUCUAUCAACUGACCGACUUUCGGUUACGAUUGACCCGUUCUUCAUCAUCGGCGGAGGCCUUGUCGGAGAUGGCGGAGAUGACGGAGACACCGCCUUCGCCUCCCUCUUCUCUUCCCCCCAAAUCUAUGCUUCUCAGUCCUACGCGCUUCUCAGAAGAUACGGAGAGCCAGCGAGACUCGUCGAUCAUCUUCUCACACACCUCCUCCACCAGCUCUCUGUCUACGCCGUUCUUCGAUCCAUCUGCCCCUCCAUCUGCGCAGAGUUUGGGAUUCUCCAAGUCCUCCUCCCAGAAACGCAGCCUGUCUCCCCGACCUUUACCUCUACGACAGCGAAUGCACCCUGGACGCGACUUUGGGGAAGGGAACGAGAGCGAGCCCGGCCGUCCCGAGGCCACCCGUUCCCCGUCUCGAAGGGAUACUCUCGAGUCGGAAGCUCCUCCGGUACCGUCGCCGCCGCUCUUCUCCCCCCGGACGACUGGCUUCCUGGCCCCAUCGAUCAAUCAGUCGCGCUCCUUGCUCGGCGGGUUGAUGGCCGUGAGACCUGCUGAACCGCCGCUUGGGUUCGCUUCGCAGGCCGCCGAUCCGCGAUCACCGCCGGCGGCGAUGGAGCGAUUGAUCAUGAGAAACAUUGAUGAAUUCCUGUAGCUGGUUUUUUUGUAUGAUUAUACCAGCCGGGGUUGUGCACGGCACAUGUCUUAUCUACAUUCCUUCACUCACCUCGACCAGAGUUGGAUCGUCUUUGAUUCUUUUUUUUCUUUUUCUCUUUUUCAUCAUUUAUUACCUACCCUCUUUCGAGUCCCUCCAUGGACCGAAACCUCUUCCAUCGAUGACCUCGUCUCGACCUUCCAUUCUAUGAA